AAUGCACGCCACUGCGCGUGCGCCGAGAGCGCCUGCCGUCAAGCGAGGCGGGGAAGAUGGCGGCGCGGUGGGCGAUUAACGCGGGGAGUGCCUGGGCGUGCAGGCUGCUCGGCUGGGCGCGGCCGGAGAGGUGGCUAGCAUCUGGUAGCCUUUUUCCUCUGUCAUGCAUCCACACCAGCACAUCUCUGGAGAAAUUUGGGAAGUGGGAGAAAAAGAACAGGAUUGUUUACCCUCCGCAGCUGCCUGGAGAACCUCGCAGACCAGCUGAAAUAUAUCACUGCCGGAGGGAAAUAAAAUAUAGCAAAGAUAAGAUGUGGUAUUUGGCAAAACUGAUAAAAGGAAUGUCCAUUGAUCAGGCUCUUGCUCAGUUGGAAUUCAGUGAUAAAAAGGGAGCAAAGGUGAUCAAAGAGGUUCUGUUAGAAGCUCAGGAAAUGGCAGUAAGAAAUCACAACGUGGAAUUCAAAUCAAAUUUACAUAUAGCUGAGUCACUGACGGGCAGAGGCCGCUAUGUGAAGCGGAUUCGUUACCAUGGCAAAGGCAUGUUUGGCAUCAUGAAAAUCGUCAGGUGCCAUUACUUUGUGAAGUUGGUGGAAGGUCCUCCUCCUCCUCCAGAGCCACCAAGGACUGGUUUUGACCAAGCAAAAGAAUAUGUGCAGCAGCUGCGAAGUAGAACCGUUAUUAAUACACUGUGACAAACUUCUGUGACUGUAUAGGUGUUUCUUGUUUGAUGAUGUAAAUACAUGAAAGAAUAAUUAAAAUCAUGUUUUAGUUACAUCUUUGGUGCUGCUGGAGCUGGAUGAUGCAAGAAUGAUCGUAGGCUUUUUUUCUUAAUUGUCAAGCCAUAGGUAUGGAAAAAUCUUGGAAAAGCAGCAACUCUUCCUGAGUUAUAUGGACCACAGCAUUCAAGCUCUACCCUGGACUAUCAAAUCUGGAAUGUACAGUGCUAUUACAAAGCUUGUAAGGAACUGUGGUUGUCCUCAUUCAUGCAGCUGUUUCUGUUAUGUAUGGUUGGCUCUUUUAUUGUGAAAAUACAUGCUUGACAGUCACCUUGUAAGAUCAAGACUUGGACUAAAAUUACUAAAAUUUGACAUGUUGAAGUAGCUACAACGUGGAACAAAACAAGUAACAGUAAUAGUUGAGUUUAUCAGGCAACAGUUUAUGGUUUCUUUAUCUGGGCUGUAAUGCUCUUGCCUUACAGUCUCUGUUGUGCAUCUUAAGAAUUGUGUGUGGGAGCGGGGUAUAAAAAAAAACCAAACAAAUGUUUGAAGUUCAGGUUUAAACAGAGUCGGUAGGUGGCAAUGUUUAGUUUGUCAGAGAGGGGAGGUGGCAGUGAAAACUUGCAGCAUGUUGAAACUGUUCUUGAUUCUGACCAGGGCAUUAAUAGUCUGGUAUGUGCAUGGAGUUCAGGCUGUUCUCUGGGAAACUCAGUAUGGGUAACAGGCACAAUGUGGAGAAAAGCUUGUCUUGGUGAAGAGCAAACUAAUUAUUCUGCACUGUCUGGAAACAAAUUGCUUUUGUAACAUUGAGGUGAGUAAAAUGCUCUGUGGAUUUAAUAUGGAAUGGCUUGUUACAUAUACAAAUCAGGCUUUCAGUUCUCUGAAAAUAAUUCAAUUUUUAUCAUUCUUUGCUGAAGAGGAAAAGACUGAGGUCAGUAGGGGGAAUCUCAUUUCACCCAGUCAAACUUUGAAGUCAGAUGGCCAGAGAUCAUGAACAUCAGCAUAAAAAGAGAAUGAGUAGUUGCUUGUUUAUGCAAAUGUCUGAUAUUUAGACCUUUCUUUUCCAUUCUGGGAACAUUAGAAUGGGAGAUUAGAUUGCAUAGCUCACUUGGAUCUUUUUACCACACCAACUAGUGGUAGCCUUUGUUACAUGUAUUUACUUUGAUCAGUUCUUGAAUGAUGGCGAAGGGACAGUUCCUAUAAGGAAACAAAUUAUCUUUGUUGUCCUAAUGAAGGUGGCAUAUGGUUGUUUCUUUUGGCUACCAAAGAAAGGGUCUCAUGGUGUUAGAGGAUUGUGAAGUUAUGCAAGAAGUACAUUUUUUUUCCUGCAAUGCACUUAACAGAUGUAUUACUUGCUUUAAAGCCACAAUUUAGUAACUUUUGUCUGAAAAAUAUGUUCCUGAUAAAACUCUCUAUCUCUGUAGUCCCUGAUGUGCGUUUGAAGAAAUGUUUCUGGUGUACUAUGAUAAACAGCUGUGCUUUGCUCUGCCAGCUGCUGUUUAAACUCUUCUGUCAUAAUGAAUCUUUUACAAGUUGUAGCAAACUUGAGUGACUUAAUCUUUUGGGGGUCAGUGAUCUGGGAGAAGACUAUAGAAUUGCAAAAUAAUCCAAGCUUAAUAAGCACUUGUCAUCUAAGCAUGUAAAAGCUGGCUGCUAGAUAUUUUAUUCCAAUACCUGUUUCUCCUGCAUGCUGUAGAUCUUGCUUUGGAUCCCUUGGUUGUAUCCUUAUAGAUACUGUUGCUCUAGUUAUGAAUCUGCAGAUGGGGAGGGAAGUGAGAAUGUGACUGAUGUCUUUUCUAGCUGGUUCACGAUGCAGCAGGUGGCCCUGAUAUUCCUUUAAACAAACAGACCUCGGUUUUUAAAAUUUUUCAGUCAAAAAGCAAGGUUGUUGCUUGUCAUUCUUGUUUUCUUUCUCAAAACAAUAAAUGAGAAGACUUUUUUGGA